AUGGAGGCCGGCCCGGAGGCGGCGCUGCUCCUGGCCAGGCUCCUGGAGGAGCUGGACGGCGGGCCCGGCGCGGCCUCGUACCAGGACCUGUGCAAGUCGCUGUGCGCGCGGCUGGACCUGCCGCAGCUCGCCCGGCUGCGGAGCGCGCUCUUCCACACGGCCUGCCUGGACCCCGGCUUCCCGGCCGCGCUCUUCAAGGACAAGACGCAAUGCAGCGCGGGCAGCCAGCAGUCCAAGAAGCUCCUGGUGGCGGCGGACAUCGUGACGAUGUUCAACCUGCUCCAGAUGAGCGGGGCCGCCGCCAGGGAGAAGCCGCCCGCGGGCCGCGCCACGGUGCGCGCGCCGGACCCCGAGGCCUGCGACGGGGCGUGCGAGCCCCUGGGCCGCGAGCCGGGCGCCAGGCCCUUCAGCAGGGGCUGCGCCGCGCGGCAGCCGCCGCGGUGCCGGCAGGUGGACGGCAGGGACCGGCCGCAGUUCGUCCCCGCCUGCGAGCCCGGCUUCUUGCUGGGCGUCGGCGACGGCGCGAAGAGCCGCGCGUCCUCGCUGGACCGGCUGCAGCCCCCGGGCCCCUACGCGGCCGCCGGGCCCCCGGCCUGCGAGAUGCAGAGGACCUACUUCCCCAUGAGCGCGGGGGCCGAGGCCGGCUCGGACCAGGACUCCCUGCCCGCCCAGGGCCUCGGGGACGGCUUCGUUUCCGGCGAGGAGCCGUUCGCCGUCCCGUCCUGUGUCCGGAAGAGGAGCAUCUUCAAGGAGGACUUUCACAACCUCAUGGCCGUGUCCCCCGGGGCGGCCGGCCCCGCCAGCCAGGCCGAGGGCGAGCGCGGGGAGCCCCCGGGCCGCAAGGAGCCCCGCAAGCCCCCCUUCUUCAACCACAGCUUCGAGAUGCCCCAGCACAGCCAGCACCUGAGCCCCGGCUACUUCCUGGCCCCCGACAGGAGGCGGGCGAAGCACGAGAGCCUCGACGACCUCCAGGCGUCCACGUACUUCGGACCCAGCCCCGUGCUGGGCAGCCAGGAGCCCCGGCGCUGCGCGGGGCGGCCCAGCAAGCAGACGGCCUGGCCCGCCAAGAGCUGGAGCCUCAACACGGAGGAGGUCCCCGACUUCGAGCGGUCCUUUUUCAACAGGGACCCCUCGGAGGAGAAGCUCCGCUACCCAAGCCCCGGUGGCCAGAGCCCCAGCUUCCCGGGCCCCGACAGGCGCCCCGCGUACCUCGCGGACCCGCAGCCGCUGCUGCCCGUCGGCUACGCGGCGAAGCCAAACGGGCUCAGAGCUACAGACAUCUCGUCCCCGGUCGACCUGGAGAAGCACGAACCCGUCAAGAAGUUCAAAGACAAGAGCAUCGGCUGCGCGGGCGGGCAGCUCAGCUCGGACACCAGCAGCGUGGGGACCCAGACGGAGCCCAGGACGUGCAGGGACCUGUGCGCGCCCGCGCAGGGCAAGUACGGCGACAGGCGCGCCCUGAAGCACUCGGACGACGACUCGGAGAUCGUCAGCGACGACAUCAGCGACAUCUUCCGGUUUCUUGACGACAUGAGCAUCAGUGGCUCCACGGGCGUGAUGCAGUCGUCCUGCUACAACAGCACGGGGUCCCUGUCCCAGCUUCACAAGUCGGACUGCGACAGUUCCCCGGAGCACAACGUGAGCACGCUCUCUGGCGGGGUCCCCGGCGGCAAGGGUGAGAAGGGCAGCCGGCACGCGGAGGAGGAGCUGAAGACCAGCGUGCGCCGGCUGGUGCUCAGGAUCGGCGAGAUCGAGAGGAAGCUGGAGUCGCUGUCGGGCGUGCGCGAGGACAUCUCGCAGGUGCUGGGCAGGCUGAGCCAGCUGGACCAGCAGAUGCAGCAGCCGGACAAGGGGCGCGCGCAGGCCGACCCGAGCUCCUCCGCCAGCGAGGCCGAGUCCGACGACAGCGCGUCGCCCCAGCCCUGCCGCGCGCACGGCUCCCGCGGGCCCCGGCUGGACGGCGGCGACUGGGGCUGCUCCGACGCCAGCGGCAGCAACAGCGCGAGCCUGCGGGUCAAGGCCCUGAAGAAGAGCCUCUUCGCCCGGCCGUCGUCCCGGUCCCUGACGGAGGAGAACAGCGCCACGGAGUCCAAAAUCGCCAGCACCUCCAACUCGCCCCGGGACUGGCGCACCGUCCCCUACGCCGGCCGCGCGGGCCUCGGCGAGGAGGUCAAGGGCGCGGGCCCCGCGGACGACAAGGACUGGCCGCGGAAACCCAAAGAGGCCGACAGGCAGUACGACCUCGCCCCGCAGCACCGACUGCCCAAGCAGCCCAAGGACUUCCUGGUGGAGCAGGUGUUCAGCCCGCACCCCUGCCCCGCCUCCCUCCCGGCCCACAUGAAGAGCAACCCCCUGUACACGGACAUGCGGCUGACGGAGCUGGCCGAGGUGAAGCGGGGCCAGCCGUCCUGGACCGUGGAGGAGUACGCGCGCAACGCGGGCGACAAGGGCAAGCUGACAGCCCUGGACCUGCAGACACAAGAAUCUUUAAACCCAAACAACUUAGAAUAUUGGAUGGAGGAUAUUUACACCCCGGGCUACGAUUCGUUACUCAAACGGAAAGAAGCUGAGUUCCGACGGGCCAAGGUCUGCAAGAUGGCGGCUCUGAUCGCCGCGGCCGCCUGCACUGUCAUCCUGGUCAUCGUGGUGCCCAUCUGCACCAUGAAGUCCUGAGCCCGCGACGCGACCGGCGACGGCCACCGACAUCUUCCUCUGCAUUUAAAAUACCGCGGCGG